AUGAGUGUACAACCAUCAUCCAAUGGUCUCAUUUUAAUUGGAAAUACCGGUGUUGGUAAAUCAUUCUUAGGAAAUAUUCUGUCGAAUAGUGACACAUUUCAACAUGGAUGUAGCGCAUCAAGUAUUACACAUCACAUACAAUUUCAAAAUACAACCAUUGGUCAAAUGUUAUACUCUAUCUACGACACGCCUGGUCUUCUUGAAGAUGAUCAAAAUGCUGUGAAUCGAAAUAAACAAGAAAUUUCCAAAGCAUUUCAGCAAUGUCCUAACUGUGUAGUUAUAUUUGUUUUUACUGGUGGAAGUGGUGGACGCAUACGUGACGAAGAUGUAAGAACAUUUCAAGCGUUAAAAUGGGUGUUUAGUUUUCAACAACAAUCUUUACUGGUAGUUGUUAAUGAUCUACCCAAAGGCCGCUCCGUUGGAUAUGAAAACGAAAUAAAUAAUAAGUUACAAGGUUAUUGCAAGAUUCCCAAUGUUAAGAUCUGUUUAUUGGAUCAUAUUGAUUCUAGUAAAUCACAAGAACGUGAACAAUUACGUACAAAGUUGAUAAAUCCUGUUCUACAAUGUGUACCGAAGCUACAUGUUCAAAAUGGUUUGAUUGACUUAGGAACAGUAGACGAUCAACAAGAACGUCUUGCAGAUUUGAGACGACAAAAUCAAGCGCUUGAUGAUAAAGCAGAACAAGCUCGUGUAGCACAUGAGAGACGAAUGGCUGCCUUGCGGACAUCAGGAAAAGGUGCUGAUGUUACUUAUGAAUAUUAUAAUCGUAAUCAACCAGGAAUUUUAGUUAAAGCUGAAAAAGAUUGGAUUCCUAUUGAGAAUGGUACUUUAAGGAUAUGUGGUCCUUCGAACGUGCCCCCACAAUUCGAAGUUAAGAUUAUUUUGCACUCAAUAAACUGGUGA